GGAGUGCGUCUCAGUGCAAAGAGCAUAGUUCCAUGCCCACGCCUGAUGCUGGAGCUUACUGGCACUCCAACCAAACAUUGUUCACACACAGCAAGGACUCGGCACUCUGCUUGAAUGUUCUGCGAAUGUGCAGCUAAUACCUCAGGAGGUUACACUGCACUGCCAAUAAUCCAUAGUUCAGAAAAGCUGCUGGAAUUUCCGAGGCGAUUACAUACUUUAACAACCUGUUGUUACAUGGCAAUUUUUACAUCUUCUUCAUUUUUUGGCUUUCUCUGGGACUCUUUGUCAGGAUACUUUUCAUCAAUUGACGGUACAGUGCCUUAAUUAUUUUUAAUGAAAGUGCAACACUGUGUAAGCCAUUAUAAAAAUUGCAUUUUUUAAUAUACUUCAUGUAGCCUGGUUAGAGAAGGCUAAUUCGGUAAGAAGCCUAUUUUCACAGGUGCAAGAACAUUUCUUUUUCAGGCUCAUUUUUCUAUUACACAUCCAAGCGUUUUAAAGGAACCUACCAACAGCAGGAUCCUGCAGGAUCCAAUAAUUGAGAGGCCUUCGUUACAAAACUAUGGCAUUUAGUGACCUCCUAGAGCAGGUGGGCAGCACAGGACGCUUCCAGGUCCUGCAUGUGACCCUCCUCAGCAUACCUGUCCUGAUGAUGGCCAGUCAUAACCUGCUGCAGAACUUUGUGGCUGCAGUGCCAUCUCACUACUGCAGCGCGCACACAAACCUCUCGCAGUUGCAGCUGAGCCCAGAGGAGACGUUGCAGAUCACGGUGCCAUUAGACGACGCGGGGAAGCCACAGAGGUGCCGGAGAUACGUUGCUCCACAGUGGCACCUCCUGGGUAAGAAUGGGAGCUCCGGUUCAGGGGAUCUGGGAGACCUUGAGGAUGGUUUGGAUGCUGACCUGCAGGGAUGCACAGAUGGAUGGACCUAUAACAUGACUGCGAUGAGUUCCACAAUCAUCUCAGAGUGGCAUUUGGUGUGUGAUACGCGCUCUUUAAACCAAAUGGGACAAACCGUCUACAUGGGAGGUGUGCUUGUGGGAGCUCUUCUCUUCGGAGGUCUUUCAGACAGAUAUGGUCGACGCAUCCUCCUGCUACUUUCUAACCUGCUGAUGGCAGUGUCAGGAACAUGUGUUGCAUUCUCAACCUCCUUCUCCCUCUUCUGCCUGUUCCGGUUUGUUUGUGGCAUGGCUCUGUCUGGCCUAGGACUCAACACCUUCUCGCUCAUUGUGGAGUGGAUCCCCACUCGAGUACGGACUGUCGUGGGGACAUUAACCGGUUACUGUUACACGAUAGGACAGUUGAUCCUGGUAUUAAUAGCCUACUUCAUCAGGGACUGGAGGUUUUUAACCCUGGCUGUAUCUCUGCCCUUCUAUAUCUUCUUCCUCAUCUCAUGGUGGUUUCACGAAUCAUCAAGAUGGUUAGCCCUGAAUAAUAAGUCUGACCAGGCCAUCAAGAACCUCCAAAGUGUGGCCAAAUUUAAUGGCCGCGGUGAAGACGGAGAAAUAAUUGACAAUAAAAUGCUGCAGGAGUCCAUGAAGAAAGAGCUGUCCAGUACUCAGGGCUCCUACUCUGUCCUCGAUCUGUUUCAAACACCCACAAUGAGGGCAAUGACACUCUGCAUGAGUGCUGUCUGGUUAUCAACCAGCUUUGCCUACUACGGUCUUGCUAUGGAUCUGCAAAAGUUUGGGGUGGACAUCUACUUAAUCCAAGUGAUCUUCGGUGCUGUUGACAUCCCCGCUAAAGUUGUCGUCACCGUGUCUAUGAGUUAUUUUGGAAGGCGUCCAUCGCAAAGUGCUGUCCUCAUCAUCGCUGGAAUCACUAUUCUGAUCAAUGUAUUGGUACCUUAUGACAAACAGACUAUACGCACCUGUCUGGCUGUCCUGGGUAAAGGUUGCCUUGCUGCAUCGUUCAACUGCUGUUACCUUUACGCCGGAGAACUUUACCCAACCAUCAUUCGCCAGAAUGGCAUGGGCUGGUCAUCCAUGAUGGCUCGUGUAGGAGCCAUGGUGGCCCCUAUGGUGGUCCUCACCAGGGAUUACAUACCUUGGCUCCCAGGUUUGAUCUACGGAGGAGCUCCAAUCCUCAGUGGGAUUGCUGCAUUAUUUCUCCCAGAGACACUUGGCUCACCCCUUCCUGACACAAUACAAGAUGUGGAGGACAGGGGAUCUGGGAGAAGUUCCAAAAUGUCACCAAAGGAAACGAUAAUCUUGCAAGACACCCAGGCGGAUCUACUAAAGCAGGCUGCCUGAGGGCAUCUGUGGGGUACACAUUUCUGCUCUCCGGCCUGUUUAACUUUUUUGAUUUCUAUGAAGAGAAUAUUGUGUCCUACGACUGCUGGACAAAUGUAGUUGCGAUAUUAUUUUUGAACAGGUCAAUCCAGUGAAAUGAAAAGCUGCAAACAAUCAAACCUAUAUGUAUUUGUUGUAAAGAAGCUUUGAGGUCCUUAGUCUCAUUUUUGACCAACUCUGUUUUAUAUUUUUGAUAAAUGUGUAAAAAAAAUUUAUGAUUACUAUUUUCGGUCAGGGCAUGGCUAAAAAAUCCAGUGUGGACCUGCUACCUGCCUAUACCUCUGAUAUGUAACUGAUUAUUGUAAGUCGUUUUGGACAAAAGCGUAGGCAAAUUGAAUGUAAUAAAAAUGAUGUAUAUACAUACAA